CUUCGACAGCGUUUCCAAUAUCGCACACCCAUACCAGGGGCGAGCACGCGCGCACCCAACUAUCGGCCGCGGGACCGUGCGGACACCGCCGCAGUCGGCUGCGGGACACCGGGUCCGCGUUACACGGGUCGGCAGCAGUUCCGGACCUCUCGCCAUUCUCAAACUGUCCACGGACAACCGCGCAAGCUGACGCCGGACGGGCGGACGGACCUGUUGGAUGCGCUGGCACGGUUCUCCUACUUCGACCGGUGGUCGGACGAGCAGCGGCGGGACUGCUGCCACCGGGCCCAGAUCCGCCAGUUCGAGCCGGACCAGACGGUGUUCGUGGAGGGGCAGGCCCCCGUCAACUACGCGCACUUCAUGCUGAGCGGCGAGUGCGGCCUGCUGCAGUGCCUGAAGCUGCACCGGUGGAGGGACAGCCGGACGGCGACGGAACGCUACCGGCUGUCACGCGCGCAGCCGACCGAGGACGAGAUCACCCGCUUUCAUCGGCGCCGGGCGCAACGGGUCGACGCACUGCACACGGUGGAGCCUUUGCCGGCGGUCGGUUACGUUCCCCUCCCCUUGUUAAACUUUCGCAGACCGAGCGGACCGCCACCGACUGGCCGAGAUCGGAUCGAGUACCAUUUCGUCGACAUCGCGACGUACAGCCGCGGCUCCGUGUUCGGCAUCGGCGAGCACAUGGUCGACCGGGCGGUGUACGCUCGCACGCCCGUCCAGUGUCUGCUGAUACCGCGCUACUGGCUGCUGGAGAAGCCGCAGAACCGGGGCAACAUCUGGAACCGCGUUCGGUGCUUUCUCGAGCAGCGGCAGCCGUCCCGCGAUCGGCUGUUCCGCUGGUUCCUCACCGAGCUGCUGUGGCACCGGUACCGCCGCCAGCUGGUGGACGAUUUUCGGCUGGUGCAUGCGCCGCGCCAUCUGCCCCGCCCGAGCGACGUGCCGCUCGUGUGCCGCAUCGAGGAGUGUGAUGUGCAGCGGCACGACCACGACGACUAAGACCGCGGGUCGGUUGGUUUGGUUGGUUGGUUUGCUGGUGGGGCGAGACACGACCGGUACAGCCGUUGUACAGCUGUUGGCCAA